ACUUAAAUACAUGAUUAGAUAUCAAUUAACAGCUGAUUAUUAAUAACGCUGUCAGCCGAGGUGAGAUAUGGAAGUAAUAUUCCCCCUCCAUAAUGACGACGAGCAUCUGUGCAACUGAGAAUAAAAAACAAGAUUGGAUGUGAUCAAUAUUUUAUGCCUCUCAGAUAAAAAUCUCAAAGUGUGGAUCAAUACACAACGUGUGGUUGAUUUCAGUGGCUGCAUGGGUCCAUUUCCUGGGUGGAAUUAACUGUGUUUUAUGGGCUAUCCAGUUCAGUAUAAUUUUCACAGCAAGGAGCCAGGGGCUAAGUCGUGGUCAGAGGUUGGACCUUUCUCUCAUGAAUAGCGGAACAAAGGGGAUUUUUUGUAGUCUGUAACCACUAAUUAAUGUCUUGACAGGGGAUCUUUAAUUCAGGGAUUCAGUGGGUGUGUGCUGAUAUUGCAAGUGGUGGAGUUUCCAAAUGUCCAGAGGAUGACACGCCUUUGGAUUAUGCACAGAUUUAUCCCGAUGAAGAUCUGACAACAGAAGUCAUGAACAGCCUCGUCAGAUGUCGGAAUUCUAAGGACGGAUGUCGCUGGAUAGGAAAACUCCAAAUCCUACAGGCACAUUUAGACGAAUGCCAGUUUGAUGCGGUGCCCUGCCCUCUAAGAUGCGGGGCAGUUCUGUCACGUCUAGACUUAGAGGACCACCUAGAAUUUACCUGCUGUAGAAGACAGGUGGUGUGUGAAUACUGUGGAAAAAAGUUUCCUGGAGACGUUUACGAAAAGCAACAUUCUGGCCAGUGCAUCUCAGAAGUCAUGUGGUGUGAAAACAAAUGUGGGGCCCGCCUAGAGCGGCGCUUUCUUGGAAACCACAUGAGGAAUGAGUGCCACAAAAGAACGGUCCACUGUCAGUUCUGCAGCAGGGAAUUUGUACAGGAAACAUUACAGACUCAUCAGUACCAGUGUCCCAGGUACCCUGUGGUGUGCCCCAAUAGGUGUGACCCCACAAAGAUCCCCCGGGAGGACCUUGACCUCCACGUCUCAGAACUCUGUCCAUCAGCUACCAUUUCCUGUUCAUUUAAAGAGGCUGGCUGUAAACACAAGUGUCCAAGAUUCAGCAUGGAGAAGCACAUAGCAGAUGGUGUCCAGCAUCACCUUAAACUCAUGUGUGACUUAUCCAAGACUCAACAAACUCAAAUCACUCAACUGUGCAAUGCAUUAUACUCACUCACACAUAUCACAGAUGGUGAGUUCAUCUGGAAAAUCUCAAACUAUAAGCAGAAAUUCCUGGAGUCUGCAUAUAAAGGUGUAGAACUUGUCAGUGAGCCAUUUUACACAUCAAGGUAUGGAUACAAAAUGGCUGCCUCAGUCUUCCUGAACGGAAAUGGGGCCGGAGAAGGAAAAUACCUUUCUGUGUACAUAAAAAUCCUCCCAGGUGAAUAUGACAACAUUCUGGAGUGGCCCUUCUUGUUGCCAAUUUCGUUUUCCAUUUAUGACCAGAAUUUGGAUUAUGACCUGAGAGCCAACAUUACAGAAAGCUUUGUGCCAGAUCCUACAUGGAAACACUUUCAGAAACCCAUCAAAGACACAACUGCUCUGGGAUUCGGGUACCCCAAGUUUGUGUCUCAGGAAGUUCUGAAAACCAGGGACUACAUCAAAGAUGACAGCAUUAUCAUUAAAGUGAAAGUAGACAACUACAGAAAUUGUAUGUCUCCGUAAUUACCUCUGUGAAAAUCAAAUGGACCAGUUAUGAUAUUUAUUUGUUGUCACCUUAGUACUUGUUUUGUUAGCAGUUGCAAAAAUGUGCUAUUCAGAAUCUUUCUCAUCUACUUUCUGUUAUUUCUUGCCUUUAAAAAUUGUUGUAGAUAUUACACCAAAAGUGUAUGGAAGUUAUAUUAUUCUCCUCCAAAUACAGGAAUGAAAGAUGUGUCAUUUAAAUACUGACAAGUCAUACAUGUAUAAGCUUAAAUGAUUGUUUAAGAUCAAUAUGCUUUGAAUGAAUGUGAGAAAGAUUGAUUGUUAUUCCAUGGAGCAUGAUGACAAUAUAUUAAAUAAAGAAUGGGAAAAAAU